CUGUCUUCAAUGCGUACCGGUAGUUUCUUUUCGUGUGGGACGCACACUGACCAUUUUCAAAUGGCGUACCUCUUUCGACUUGGGCAGUACUCUGUCGCGCUCAUCUUGCUCGCCCUUGCGGCACAACCGGCUUUGCAGCAAUCAUGUCCACCCAUUGAAGUGGACGUGGACUAUCCAGGCAAUGAUAUCCACGGCAUCCCCUCCACUGCCGCCGAGAACUGCUGCGGCAUCUGUGCGGCUACGCCCAACUGCCUGGCGUUCUCGUAUGCGUAUGGCACAUGUUACCUCAAAUCGGCCAAAGGGUCGUCAGUUCGUACCCCUGGCGUUCAGUCCGGGACGGUGGCUACCUGCCCGUCCAUUGAAAACGACAUUGAUUACGCCGGUGGGGAUUUGAAAGCUGUGGCUGCGUCUACUGUCAACGACUGCUGCGGCCAUUGCAAAGCCACGACCGACUGCAAACUGUACUCGUACGCGUAUGGCACGUGCUACUUGAAGCAUACCCAAGGCACUCGCUUAGCCAAGGCGGGAGUUCACUCAGCUGUAGUCGUGGCCUCGGUAGAUCCACCCACAACCACUACAGCACCGCCGCCCAUCACAACGUCGCGACCACUCCCAGGGCAAUGUUACCCUCCAGUUCAAGACAUCGACUACGCCGGGAUGGACGUAGCCACCAUUCCUGGCUCGUCGUCGACAGCGCAGUGCUGCGAUGCGUGCAGCUUGUUCCCAUCAUGCAACGUCUAUGUGUUCUACCAAGGCAAUUGCUACCUCAAGUCGGCCAAGGGAAGGUCGUCCGCGCUACCGGGAGCCGUGGCAUCCGCUCGCUCGACGUUCGCUCCCACUUGCGCAGCCAUCGAGGACAAUGUGGACUUCCCUGGAGGUGACUUGAUUGCCGCGGCCAAGUCCACCGCCGAGGAAUGCUGCGACGUGUGUCGCGCGACAUCUGGAUGCGCACUGUUCACGUGGGCAUGGGGUACAUGUUAUCUCAAGUCGACGCAAGGGGCCCGUCAAGUGUCGUGGGGGGCUCGGUCCAUGGUAGUCGUCACCACCCCUCCACCCCCCACUACUUUUACGCCAAGACCAACAACUACUCCUCCUCUGACUACCCCCCCACCAACAACGACUACUCCAACACCUACACCUUCACCCCCGCUAUCUCCCCCCACCCCAACUCCAGUUGUCAGCUGUGGCAAGCGGCAGCGUAAAGCAUGGAGUGCGUCGUCGGCAGCGGAGAAGGAGUUGUACAUUAGCGCAGUUGAAGAGUCCAUGAAGCGGGGUCUGUACCAGCGUUUUCUAUCGGUGCACAACGACUUGAAAGCCAACAAGGAAGCGCACGGGACGUGUGUAUUUUUAUUUUGGCAUCGCAAGUUCUUGGUGGCGUUCGAAGACAUGCUGCGCAGCCUCGCCCCUGCAUACGCUUGCAUGACGUUGGCGUACUGGGACUACACCCAAGACUACGUUCGGUUUCAGACUUCCCAGUGCAAAACCAUCGCCGACUGCUCCGUGGCGACUGCAGACUUGGGCGGGUCCACCCACGGUCGCGACCCGCAGCCGGCAGACCCGGGACACUCCACCCUGUGCGUCACGUCGCGGCCGCUGAAUGCGUCUGUCGGGGGAUGCGUCCGGCGCGGUGACUGGCACGCCACGGCCAUGCCGGACUGGAGCAUUUCGAACGCGCGGUCGUCGUUAUUUGACGUCGGUCCAUCGAUCGCCGCUGUGUCGUACGACUUGGAGAUCGGCAUCCACGGGUCCGUCCACAUGGAGCUACGCGGGCAGAUGGGUAACGGGUUCCUAUCCCCCCAGGACCCGAUCUUCUAUCUGCACCAUGCAAUGGUGGACGUCCUCCACACUGUGUUUUACCACUGCAAAGUCGAACCGUUGAACUUGGACCCGAUAGGACAACAGACACAUCCAAGUUCGUUUCAGGGAUGUACGGUCAACUAUGGCGACGGCGCACCACAACCUGUGGGGCCGACCACGGCGAUUCUCAUGCGAAGUCACGUCGAUCUAGACGACAACGUGCCGAUUCCAGUGGACGACGAUCCCCUUAUCGGUCACUUCUUCAAGCCACUGCCGAGUGAGUACUUCAAGCUCACAGAUGCCAGAACCCUGGGGUAUAGCUACAACCUGGUCGGGCUACUCGGAGACUUGUACGCCAAAUGCGAUUCGACUCGGCAAGUCGUGUUCGAAUCAGAGCAGUUUGCAGACGAACAUACCAUCACGGCGCCGUUAAUAGACAGUGCCAACGCCAAGACAUUGCGGUUUGAAGAAGCCAUCGUGGCCGCCGCGAUAGCGCAAGGCCUGUCAAGCGAUGCUGCGUAUGUUGAAGUGAAAAAGAUCAACCUCCUUCUCCAUGUCAACUGCUUUGGCGGACAAGACAUUCAAGACUACCCUGACGAGCUCAAGCAACACAUGCACUGGGGGACGAGCCAAAAGCCAGGGUUUGUCCUGUGGCACCAGCUCAAGACCAACCAAACCACAGUUGCCAUAUCUGGAUGGCAACACAUCACCCAAGCAUAUUACAAUUGCUCGGGGGCGAUGAAGCACUAAACUUGGAAUAUAAAUGCAUCGUCGUGGAGGUAUGUAUUGUCGGUCAAGUUGUAGGCUAGCGCGGGUUGGUUCGUUAACCCGUACUAGUAUUUCGUGACAGCACUUGCAUUUAUUACUUACUACUGUACUGGUAGUAUAUACAUGUACUACUCCAGGUAGUAUGUAUGCACAUACGUCGCGUUCACUAUUGUUUGUCAAGCAACACGAACACACUGAGAAGCUCAAAUUGCUACUGCAGUAUUAAUACGACG